AGCUCGAGAGUCAAUCUGGUCUCAGGAUGGGAGAGGAAAACACCGCCGUCACCCUGAAGACGAUCCUCAUAGGAAACUCCGGGGUGGGAAAAUCGUCCGUCAUGAACAGAUACGUGGAUAACCGCUUCACCAACAUGUACAGAGCCACCAUAGGGACGGACUUUUUCUCCAAAGCGGUCAGGAUAAACGGGAACACCGUGACCCUGCAGAUCUGGGACACAGCAGGCACAGAGAGGUUCCAGUCUCUGGGCACGCCGCUGUACAGAGGGAGCCACUGCUGCAUGCUGGUGUUUGACGUCACGUCCUCGACCAGCUUCAGCGCCUUGGAGAUGUGGAGGAAGGAGUUCCUGGUCCAGGGCGAGCCUCAGGAUCCGGAGAACUUUCCCUUCGUUGUGCUGGGCAACAAGACGGACCUGGGCAACCGGGAGGUCGGUCUCGACUCGCUUGCAGACUUCCUUCCAUUUGUGCAUCUGCCGGUGUCUCGCAGGAAGGCGAUGCAGUGGUGCGAAGAAAUCGGGGCGGAGUACUUUGAAGGAAGCGCCAAAGAGGACCUGGACAUGGAGAAGCCAUUUUUAAAAGCCACAGAGCUCGGCCUCCAGCAGUACAAAAAACACACAUUGGAAAAUACAGGACAUUUCCAGAUAACCUGCGAACAGCCGAGAGAAACUCGCAACACCUGCGAGUGCUGAUAAGAGAGCACUCGUCCCGGCG